AUGGACGUCCAAAUGCAAGAUGCCUCGCCUGUUACGGGCGUUCAACCCACCCCAAGUCUUGCCACCUCGCUUCCGGGAUCCUCUUCUUUGACUCCUGCGACGCCAGCUGCGUCCUCUGGUGCUCUGGACGCCGCCAAGCUCGAUGCCAUUCGCAAGGCGACGCUUCAUAGCUACAAGAACAAGUUCUUGAAUCUUCGAGACAAGUUUGACAAGAUCAAUGCAACCAAUGUCGAGUAUACAAACACUCUAGCGAGUGCAAAGAAGAAAGAGGAAAGCAUGCAAGAGGAAAUCAAUAUGCUGUUGGACUAUUUAGCAGAACACGCAGCCUCUGAUCCAGAGCUUUCAAAGUGUCUAAAUCCUUCAAUUGCAUCUUCAAAGGCUCGUGGACCCAAAAAGCAUUUGAAGCGCCUUGCUGCGCCGAGUUCGUGGAUGCUCGACAAGCUCGGGGGCACCUAUGCUCCUCGACCUUCUCCUGGUCCUCACAAGCUCCGGGAAUCUCUUCCUCUUACCAUCUUCCUCCGUCGCCGUCUCCAAUACGCCCUUACUGGUCGUGAGGUGACUACCAUCCUUGCCCAAAGACUCGUCAAAGUCGAUGGAAAGGUCCGAACAGACAUCAAGUACCCCGUCGGCUUCCAAGAUGUGAUCACCAUUGAAAAAUCCGGAGAGCACUUCCGUCUCCUUUACGAUGUCAAGGGCCGCUUUGCGAUUCACCGCAUCACCCCCGAGGAGGCUACCUACAAGCUCUGCAAAGUCAAGAAGGUUCUCAUUGGCAACCGUGGUGUUCCAUACAUCGUCACCCACGAUGGACGAACUAUCCGCUACCCAGACCCUGACAUCAAAACCAACGAUACCGUCAAGUACGACUUGGAGCAGGGCAAGAUCACCGGAUUCGUCAAGUUUGAUACUGGAAACGUGGUCGUCGUCACUGGUGGUCGCAACAUGGGACGUGUCGGCACCAUCACCCACCGUGAGCGACAUAUCGGAGGCUUCGAUAUUGUCCACGUCAAGGAUGUGCUCGACAGGACGUUUGCCACUCGUGUCACCAACAUUUUCGUCAUUGGUGAGGGCACCAAGCCCUGGAUUUCGUUGCCAAAAGGCAAGGGUGUCAAGCUUACCAUUUCCGAGGAGCGAGACCAGCGAAGGCGGGCCAAGGCUCAGGAGUAG